AUGAUGAGAAAGAUGGGAGAUGGCGCAGCGCAUCCCUUCCGCUUCAACUCGGUGAACCUCUCGGCACCCUCCCGGUUGGAACUGCGGUUGCGGAACCACGCGGACAGGAGUUUGGUGAAGUUCGCAUUGCAACUCCAACGCCUGGACCGAAUCUACUUCGACUGGGUUGAGCUUCCACAGGAGAUCGUCUUGUAUUACCGUAUGCUUGGAGUCAAGCCGCGAGGCCUUGAAAGGUUCGAGAACAAGUACGGCGAGUCGUUCCCUGUCACUCUCCCGCGAGUUGCGAAGGGCGAGUUUAACCUCGCCCAGCAACGCACGGCCGACCGAUUGACCCGUGAGAAGGUGCAGUCGACCCAAGGGAAGUCGCGGAGUGAACAGGCUGGUUCCAAGGACACCGGUGAUUCGGAUCAUGGGACCCCAAGCGCGUUCAAGUCAACGGCGAGCUCCAACCUGGGAGGGCAAAGUGACGAGUUGAGCCCAUUGAGCAUUCAGAACUCGCAUUUGAGUCUCAGCCCAAAUGAGGGCGAGGAGAGCCUGGAGGACACCCGGAAGGUUGACCUGUCCUCGUCCUCAGAAGAGGAGAAGCCUAAGGUCAAGAAAAGUCACGACGACGUGGAGAACCUCCCACUCUUCUUGCAGGAGGAGAGGCGGAAGCUCAUCCGUGAAGCUGAGACCAUUGGGUACAGGCGCUACCAGAUCACGCGGGCCUUGCGCGACGGCAUUCCGUCGAGUUCGAUGGACGUUCUCAUCGACAACAUGCUCUAUGCCGGGUACGGGAAGCUGCCCAAUUUCAAAGAGUCGGCUGUCGCAGCCCUUUCUGAUGAUGCGCCGCUCCCCUGGAAUCCGUUCUCGGUCAUGACAGAGAACAAGAAAAAGAUCGAGCAGUUGGAUGAUGAGCUGGAGGACUAUAACGCCCAACUUCUCGCCUUGGCCAAUCCGCCAAAGAAGGUCGAAAGGCUGGACAUCCUCUCCACAUCUGGCGUCCUCGAUUGCUCCCGAUCUCGCAUUUCGUUACCGCGGCCUCCGGCGCCUCAAGGCGAUCCCUCGCUCAUGGUGGACGACUUAGCGCCGUCAGGUCAGUCUAAGCUGUCUCGAGGAGGGUCUGGCACUCUGAGUCGGAAAGCCACUGGUGAACUUGGAGGAUUGGAAAGCCUUACCCGGAAAGCCACAGGCGAACUCGGUAGCACAAGCCAGACGAGGAAUCCGGAGGAUGAAUACUAUGAGGAUCCUGCAGGGAGCACGACCCGGCAGGUAGAGGAGGCAGCCCGGCGUUUGCGGCUGCAUCUCUCUCGAACGAAGAGUCGUGAAGGUUUCGACAGCGAGCACCCACCCAUUGAGGAGGGAGAUGAGAGGCUACACGCAGAAGCUGACGCCACGGCAGAAGACGGUGGCUCACUCUCCGAGGAGCAACCUCCGAAUUCGAAGGGUGGUAUGUCGCAGCUCGACCCCGCCAUACUACAAUCUGCUGCUCGCGGGUCGACCAAGCUAUCCCGUGCUUCGUCUUCCAUCUCCAGAUCAAGGUCCUCCAAGGAGGCGUUUUUGGAGUGA